AUGGCACUGCUGCUCAUCAGCUUCACUGUUUCAGCCGUAAGUUUCUACGGGGCAUCUAUGACCUUCAUGCCUGGAAACAGAUAUCCAGAUGAAACAAUGGAGUGUGCCGAGUAUCAGCAGGGAGUUCUGACCGGUGACCUCUGCGAGGACCUCUGCGUGGCCGGUCGUGUGGAAUACAAACGCUGCCUCUAUUAUGAGAAUGGCAAGAAGGUCAUGGCCGCCAGCUGGCGUGGGGUGCCUGUCGUUCUCAAGUCAAAGCUGGAGAACUUCUCCUCCUAUGAGGCUUUAGCUCUGCUGGAGUACCAGGAUACAGCGGGAGGAACGGGAGGCGAGGAGGAGCUCUCGCCGCUGGAUGUCGUCUUCUACGCCACGCUGGAGAUCAAGAACUCUCUGGGCUUGGAGACGGGAACUAACUUGACGUUGCCCCGCUUGUGGGGCCAAAAGCUGAAGGAGAACGAGCGGACGUACUCGCGAGCGGAGCUGGCCUCGCUCUGGGCUCUCCUUCAACAGGAGGAGUACACCUUCCUCAGGGUCCUGCAGGAUUUAACCCAACACGUGGCCAAGAUCCUGGGCUCCUGUGGUCACUUUUACGCCGUGGAGUACUUAGCGGCCGGACACGCGUGGGACCAGCACAUAUUCUCGCUGGAGGAGCUGACGCUGAGCCCCUCGCCGAGCCCCUGGAGCGGACAGGAGAAGACGAUAACCGCGAGAGACAUGGUGCCCCGAGUGGCCCUGAGCUUUCUAGAGAUGGUGGAGCAUUUUGAGAAUGACUUUUCCCACAGCUUACACCUCUGUGAUAUCAAACCAGAGAACUUUGCUAUCAGGAAGGACCUGACGGUGGUGGCUAUAGAUGUGGAUAUGGCUUUUUUUGAGCCCAAAAUGAGAGACAUACUUGAGCAGAACUGCACCAGUGACAAUGACUGCAACUUCUUCGACUGCAUUUCCAAGUGUGACAAAACUAAAAACAGAUGUGGGCCAAAGCGCAAGAACAGUAACCUUCAGGUGAUCUGUGAGAAGAUCUUCAGGCCUUGGUUUUCUCCCACGCUGCUCGGUGCUAAAGCGGGGCUCCCCCUGCAGGUGGCGCUGCAGCGAGCCGUGCAGGAGUGCGCUGAGAUAGACGGCGGGGAGGACGCCAAGCGUUCGCGGGCCGUGAGAAAACAGCUACAGGAUCUGCUCGUGGAGCUCAUUCAGGAGGACACGGAAAACCAGGGUGAAGACCAGGAACACAAGACGAGACGCGUCCAUACGGCACUGAAUUUCUAAAUGAACUCUUGAAAUGGCUAUGAAAGAACAAACCCAGUCAUGUGCAAUUCUGGAGAACAUGUCAGAUGACUAUUACAGUCGAGAUAACAGCUGUUUUCAAACAGCCAGAUACAUUAGCAUAGUUGUUUACUGCUAAUAUUCAAAACGUCUGUUAAACCUCUGGUGCUGUUCAGCAAUUUUCGAAAGGAAAAUUGUAAGUUUAGUUUUUUUUCUAUUUUAUUUACUUCAUCGGAAUGGUACGGAACAUGGUACACAGAAAUUAUGGACAUGAUUUGAAACGGUUAAAUGGUUCUGAAAAAAAUAGUCCCACUUGUACUGUUCGUGGUCAAAAAUGAACGCACUAGAAACAAACUUCAUCUAGUGGAAACGUGUAUGAAAGCACAUUUUUAGAGAUAUCAACCUCAAAUUUAGAACAUAACUUGUUUA